AUGACUUCUCUGUACUUUCAAGAACCUUCCUCCAGAGUCUGGGACUACCUGGAGCAGAUGGAAACCGACUGGAUCCACGAGUCAUCUAUAGCCUCCGACACCAAUGCCAAUUCUGGAGAACUCACCUGGGGAGCUCAAUUCAGCCAUUUCCCCAAGCAAAAGCCGACUGCGACCCGUGCUCGUUCGUUGAGGAGAGAGCCCAGUGAUGCUUCUAGUGGCUACCGACGCGAGUUCCUCUCCCGUCGUGAUAGAAGCGCCUCCGGCUCCAGCUUCAGCUCCAUGUCAACCAACUCAAGACUGAGCAGCAGCUUAGCCAGCCAUGAUCGCCCAGGAGACUUGGGCUCUGUUAUCCAAAACCUCAGUUCCCAACUUGGUUUUGACCUGAACGAGACAUUCAACUGUGCAAACAAAUACAGCAAGCCAGUCAAAUCAUCCAAGGCCAGGCCAUCCGCACUUGUAGCUGCUCCUCUAAAGGCCAAAUCUACAAAGACGCCCAAUGUUCGCCAUGAGUUUGUUUUGCAGGUUCCAUAUGCGCAGAAACCUGCCACCACUGUCGAAUAUGACAGUAUGAUGUCAGCCCUAAACAUCCCUGUCAAAGCUGCGACUGCACCCGCAACUCCCAAGGCCGACCAUAAGAACGCCGAAACAAAAGACAGUGGCGUAAAGAAGACCAAGAGUACACGUAAAGUGUCCUUUGCUGAGGUCGUCCAGGAACUCCCCAUUGCACUCGAAACGGAGGCGGAGCCAGAACCAGAGCCAGAGAUGAUCACCGAUGGGGGAAGCGACAGUGACAGUGACAGCGACAGUGUCCCCGAGGCAGUAUUUCUGAAUGUUGACACGGUUAUGCAGAAUGCGCCUCGUGUUCGACAUGUGGAGAUCAGGGACGCCGAGGAAGAGGAGAACGAUUAUAUCACGAUCUAUCGAUCCUGA